AUGUCCACCCCGAUUCUGCCAAAGAUGAAACAGGAUAGCGAAAAUUUCGGCUUCGAAAUUAUGAAAGUUUGGCCUUCGAAAAAGAAGGAAGAUACUCCAGAACUGCCUGUCGUAACCCUCGAUGUAAAACAUUUAACUUCAUCUAUUUUCUCAAUUCUAUUCACUACACUGCCGACGACGAAAACAGCAUCCCGGAUAGCUUUUCAGUACCGAAAGUUUUAUUGGCAUGUAUGCCUGGGAGUACGGAAGCCUAGAGGAAAAAGUCCACGAAUUGCUAUCCAGCUGCCAAGAAGUGGAGCAGUGGCCUAUACGGAUGUAGAUGAGUUUUGGAGUCGGCUGACACCUGGGGAGCGAAUGAACACCGACAUGCGCGUUAAUGGACUCAUGAGGGACCUCGCGGUUACAGCCAAUUCGGUGAUGCCGUCUACUGGCAUAGUUUCUUGCUUGUGGCCGUGGCCACUCUCGGCCAAGAAACAGUUCCAAUGUAUGAACUUGAGUGCCGGAGUGAUACCUUCGUUUGGAAGUCACGUUCUUAAAACUGUCACCCGACAGCAAAAUUCUCUCGGUGGGCGCUUCCGGGACCGUCAUAUCCGUUCUAGCCAAAGUUUACAACUAGUAUGUGGACACCCAGCUUAGACUGGGGAUUGAGAGAGUAUAGUGUAUAGUAUAGUGAAGUCUUAACAAUAAUAAACUCUAA